GCGAGGGUUGCAAUUUAGGUCCUUUCUUCUUUGCCCGCCUCUUCUCCGAGUCUCAAUAAGAAGGGGGCUGAGCUGUAGUUGAGGUGCAGGAGAUUCUCUUAGGUGUAAAAUCCCAACAGGACUGGACACAGUCCUCCCACCUGCCAGCUUCAUUCCAACUGUCUAACCCUUCCUGGGGCCACAAUGGUUGAAGCAUUCUGUGCUACCUGGAAGCUGAUUGACAGCCAGAAUUUUGAUGAAUACAUGAAGGCGCUGGGAGUGGGCUUUGCUACGCGGCAGGUGGGGAACGUCACUAAACCCACAGUGAUAAUCAGCAAUGAAGGGGACACAGUAGUGAUCAGGACCCAGAGCACUUUCAAGAACACUGAAAUCAGCUUCAAGCUUGGAGAAGAGUUUGAGGAAACUACCCCAGAUGACAGAAACUGCAAAUCAGUUGUGACCUUGGAUGGAGACAAACUAGUUCAUGUACAGAAAUGGGAUGGCAAAGAGACAAACUUUGUUAGAGAAAUUAAGGAUGGCAAAAUGGUAAUGACUCUCACCUUUGGUGAUGUGGUUGCUGUUCGUCACUAUGAGAAAGCAUAGAACCUACCUGUCCCCUGUCCAGGUGUUACUCCUGCUGGAUGCAUUUAACUGCUAUCCACAAAUGAACGUAGCUAAGUGACAUGAACAUUACUGGCAUGAAAGGUUAAUGAAGAGCUUGUGGGUUGUUGGUUUUUUAUUUUUACUUUAUACCAUCAAAUUGGCAAACUCUUGUUCUGUAAAAUGCAACAGGUAGAACUUUGCAUUAAAUCUCUGAAACACUUGUCUUUGUUUUUUACAAUAAAUAGAACAUAUUUGACAUGUUAUAGAAUGCAAUUCAAACUUAAAAUUAAAAUGUUUUUA